AUGGUUCUCCGCUUACACAUUUAUUUUUUUGCGGACGAUCUAUUUCCUUUUGCGGAAGCAUCAGGGAAUCAGGCUGGCAUCAUUAGAGAGGUCCUGAAUGAUUUUUGCCAUAACUCAGGGCAAAAGGUUAAUGUGGAGAAAACUACGGUCUUCUUCUCCAAAAAUGUGUUAAGCUCCCAGAAACGGUCUUUAUGCCAAGCUUUAGGUUUUCGUGAGACCACAAACUUUGGCAAAUUUUUAAGCAUGCCUUUGAUUCAUGAAAAGAUUUCCAAACGCACCUAUAAUUAUUUUCUGGAUAUGGUGGCUAGAAGGUGUGUCUUUCGAUUGAAAAAUCCUAUCGCCAGUUUGUCUGGGGUUCCACCGAUUCGACUCGCAAAAUGGGGUCGUUACCUUGGAAGGAGGAUAAGUUAUCUAAGGCUGCAGGGGGCUUCGGUCAUGCACUCUAAAUACAGGUUGGGCAAUGAUAUUGUGCCUUCUAACUUUUCUGAAGCAGCUAUUUCUAGCGUAGCUAAGGGUAUUAGGAAGGUUAUGCCUAAAUUGAAUAACGGUUUACUUUGGGCUGUUGGUAAUGGCAGAAGGAUUCGAUUCUGUCUUGAUGCUUGGGUGGAUGUGAAUACUAUUUUAAUUGACUUCCUUUCUGUGGACAUUCCUCACACUAUGAGAAAUAAUCUGGUGUUCAGUUAUGUUACGAGCAAUGUGAUGUGGGAUACCGAGGCUUUUCCGCCUUAUUUGCCUCGCAGAAUAGUUCAUAGAAUUCUUGCAAUUUCAGUGCCUUCUAACGAGCUUGGAAAGGAUAGUGUGUAUUGGGGACUCUCUCCUUCUGGUACUUUCACAAUUAAAUCAGCCUAUGGUUUUUUGGGAUCUGAGGCUUCUCUUAAUACAGGAACUAGUUGGAAGCUCAUCUGGAAAUGGCCUUCUCCUUAA